GGCUGUGCCAGGCAGGACAAAGGCCUGUCACCCCUUUGUCUAUGGUGGCUGUGGAGGGAAUGCCAACCGUUUUGGAACUCGUGAAGCCUGUGAACGCCGCUGCCUGCCUCACGUGAUCCAGAGCCAGAAAACAGCCUGACCACAUGAUGACCAGGUGGGCUCCGCUGGUGCUGAUGGUCCUGAUGUUGGGCAGAGUCAUGGUUGUUUCAGUGACUCCUAUCCCAGCCUUCCAGAUUCUUCCUCAGAACUAUUCCCAGACCACUCCUUUCUCUGUGUCCUUGAAGAGCCCCUCAGCUACUGCCACAAGUCCCUCAGCUGCCUGGAGCUACUCAAGCCCUGUACCCCGCCUUGGACCACGUAUCGCCCUCUCACUGGAUGUCCCCAUUGGCCUCCUACAGAUUUUACUGGAGCAGGCCCGGGCCAGGGCUUCCAGGGAGCAGGCUGCAACCAAUGCUCGCAUCCUGGCUCACGUUGGCCGCCGCUAAGCCUGAGAGACAGGGUUAAAAUGAUGGGGUUGGUCUGGAUGGAAAAACAUAGAGGAUGGCAGCAGAGCUGGAUCAUACUACAUCUGGGCAGAGUGCACUUGAACACCACUGUAAUAGGCCACUGCCAAAUAGUGUCUUAUCCCAUCUGAGUAUACCACAGUCAGGGGCUCUGGACACCUUGGGCAUUGUUAUAUUGAUGUCUUGCCAUGCCUGUGUACUCUACAGACUUACAGUAUGUUUGGAAAGUUUGAACAGUACCAUACAAGGUCACUGCCAAGUACAAUAUUGCCAUGUCUUGGUGCUCCACAGUCACAGGUCAUCUGGACAUUAUUACAUGGGGUAACCAUCAUGUUAUAUUCAGAAGCCUCAAAACAAGAGACAAACACUGCAUCUGAGAUCAGUCCAUCUAAGGCCUACAGGUUUUUUUCCCCUCCUAGGCCACCACACAUGGAAGUGCUGGCUGAAGUUUACAUACAUGUGUUCUGCUUCAUGAGGCAGCUUCUAUCCCAGAUAGAUACGACUGUACACAGAAAGUCUUACCAUUGUGUCUUACCUUCUGGGUGUCUGUGCACGUGUGGCUGAGUCUCUAUGUGCUGCCUUUUACAAACAAAGCUCUGACAGCUGAGAAUGUGAGCAAGAUGUGUGUGUGGGGGGCGUGUAAGGGAACAGGGAGGAGUGGGUACUUGUCCCUCAAAGCUGCAUGAAGCACACGUACCACAUAACUGGGCAUUGUCUUUCACAUACCCAGUUUUGAUUCUUGGAAACAAAGACUCGGGAGAGGCGGCUUAGUCUGCCAAGUUCCAAUCUAACUCUAUCCAGUCCUUACUGAAUUAUCCUGAGCAAAGGUGUUCUGUAAAGCAGAGUGAUGCCACCAAGCUUCUUGGGAGCACUGAGUGACAUAGUGUACAUGCAGGUUGUGGCUGCAAGAGGCACUCAAUAAACAUCAAGUGAUUGAAGGAU